AUGUUUCAAUUUUUAUUUUUUAUCAAUUUUUUAUUUCUGGUUUCAUCUCUGCCAAAAGAAUCUAUACAUAUACUUGAAGAUCUUCCAAUUGGUACAUCGAUAUAUACAUUUAUAACAGAUGGUUGUAAAACGGAAAAUAGUACUGGUUCAUAUCGUUUUGUUGAUAGUCAAAAGAAUUCCAAUGAUUUUUUUCUUAUUGAUCCAUAUACUGGACGUGUUACAACAAAAAAAUUAAUUGAUCGUGAUGAUUUUUGUCUUCGUCGUGUGUGUUCUUGUUCGAAAUGUGAAAUAACAUUAGAAGUUUUAUGCGUUCAUAUGGGACAAAUUUAUUUCAAUGAUUUAUCUGUUAUAAUUGAUGAUCAAAAUGAUCAUGCACCACAAUUUCCAAAAUCUUCUAUAACAAUUGAUGUUUUAGAAAAUGUACCUAUUGGCUAUUUAAUACCUAUUGAUGUUGCUAUUGAUCCUGAUUAUGGUAUAAAUUCUAUACAAGGUUAUAAACUUUUAGAAGAAAAUUCAACAAAUAAAAAUUUAACAAAUAAAAUUACACAAGCAUUUCAAAUAGAAUAUUCAAAGAAAAAUGAUUUACUUGCAUUACGUCUUAUGAAAGUACUUGAUAGAGAAUUAUGUGAUUCAUUACAAUAUAUUAUACAAGCUUAUGAUGGUGGACAACCACAAUCCCUUAUAGGCAAAUUAAAUAUUCGUAUAAAUAUCCUUGAUGUUAAUGAUAUGUCACCCGUGUUUGAUCAAAGUGAUAUACGUGUACUGUUAAGUGAAUCAACGUCAACAGGUUCACUUGUAGCACGUGUACAUGCAUUCGAUGGUGAUACUGGUCUUAAUGGUCUUGUUUAUUAUACAAUUGUUUCAUUAGAUCCACCAUCAAAUGGAACAUUUAUAUUAGCAAAAGAAACAGGAGAAAUUCGUCUUGGAAAGAAACUUGAUUAUGAAAAAGAAAAAUCUUUUCGUAUUAAAGUUAAAGCACAAGAUAAUGGUCCACAACAAGGUUCAAUAUCAGCAUUUGCUACAAUUGAUAUUGAAAUUAAAGAUGAAAAUGAUAAUUAUCCAAUAAUAACAUCAAUGUUUAAUGAUGAUGUAACAUUAGGUGUAAAACAUGUAUUAAAUAGUAGUAUUAUACAAAUUCCUGAAAAUGCACCAAAUGGGACAUUUUUAGGUCAUAUCUCAAUCAGUGAUCUAGAUCAGGGGGACAAUGGUCGAGUAAGUUGGUCACUUGAGAGUAAUGGCACUAUCACUAUUAAAGAAUUAUUGAAUAACGAAGCUUUUCUUAUGUUUACUCAACGGAUAUUUGAUCGUGAAGAACAAUCACGCUAUGAAAUAUUUCUUGAAGCACAUGAUCAUGGUAAUCCAUCACUUUCCAAUUCAUUAAAUUUUACGUUAGUUAUUCUUGAUGUAAAUGAUAAUGCACCUAAAUUUGAUAAAGAAUUUUAUUCGAUUAAUAUCUCGGAACAAAUUCCAUCGAAUACAAAACUCUUACAUUUUCAUGCUAUUGAUAAUGAUGAAGAAAAUACUCCGAAUAGUCAAAUUGAAUAUCAAUUUACAAAUGAUACAAAUACAAAUCAAACAAAUUUUUUCUUAAAUUCAACAACAGGUGAAUUAUAUUUAAUUAAUCAAUUUGAUCGAGAAGAAAAAUCUCUAUAUGAAUUUGAUAUUAUUGCAUUUGAUCAUGGUCAACCAGUAUCAUUAUCAUCAAUCGUUCAUUGUACAAUAAAUAUUAUUGAUAUUAAUGAUAAUUAUCCAAUAUUUGAUUUAUCUGAAUAUGAAUUUCAAAUAGAUGAAACAUGGCCUAAACUUGCACCAAUUGGUUAUGUACAUGCAACUGAUGCUGAUGAAUACUAUAGUGAUUUACAUUAUACAUUAUUCAGUAAUGAAUCAACUAUAUUAGAUGAAUGGCCGUUUGGAUUAACAAUGAACGGAACAUUAUAUCUAAAAUCAACAUCUGUUGGUAUUGAUUAUGAACGUCGUUCAAUUUAUAAAUUUUCUAUUAUUGCAACUGACAAUGGUGGUCUUAGUACCAAUGUACCUGUAACAAUAAAUAUUCGUAAUCGUAAUGACUUUUGUCCUGAAUUAAUGAAUAAUUCUAGUGCUUUAUUUUUUAAUAUGGAUCUUUGGAUGAAUAAUUCAAGUGAAAAAGUUGAUAAUCAAUAUUAUUUAGAUAUACAUGAUGGUGAUAAUGAUACAUGUAUAAUUGAAUUACUCAAUUUUAAUGAUAUAUUUCAACUUGAACAAAUUGAACGUAAUAAAUUUUUAUUACAAGCUUAUACAUUACCAGAACGUGAAUAUUAUAUUUUACAAUUUCGUCUUCGAGAUUUAGUUAAUCAUAAUGAUAAACCAUGUAUUCGUACGAUUCAGUUAGUAGUAACAAUAGGUACAAAUGAAACAAAUCAAACAAUAGCAUUAGAUACAGCACGUGAAUAUUUAGAAGCACUUUAUUUAACAUCAAAACGUUCACAUUCAUAUUUUGAUUUAACAUUACUUAAUGUUAUACUUCUUUUUGUUUUAUUAUCAAUUGCAAUUAUCAUUGCAUUAGUUGCUAUUAAAUUAAUAUUUGUUUCAUCAUCAUCAUCAUCAUCAACAUCCUCAUCACCAUCAAUUUCAUCGUUACGUUAUCGACGAAGACGUCAACAAAAAAAACUACGAAGUAAUAAUGGUACUACAGGUGGAACACUUUAUCGUCUUCAAGGUCCAACUGAAACACAAUUACCAUUACUAGAAAAUGAACCAGGUGAACAUUCAUUAACAUCAUCAUUGAUGGAUGGAAAUAAUAAAAUGAUGCAAAAUGAAAAUAUAAAUCAUUCGAUUGUUGAUGAUGAACAAAAACAGCAUCUUCUUGGUCAAUUUAAUCAAGUUAUGAAAAAUACAAAUGAAUUUACAACAUUCUCAUCAAAAUCACAUCAUACUGCCUAUGAUAUUAUAGGUGAUAUUCAUUCUAGUGAACAGCAUUCCUCUUCUCCAUCAUCUUAUAAUCGUGUACGAGACAGUGGUUACGAAACGACAUCAUCAAGUAUUGAACAACAACGUUGUCAUCUACUAUCAAGCCCAUCAAAUGUUAGUCUAUCUCCUGAUGGUCAACUUAUAACUGUCACUUAUUUUUCUUCUUCAAUUCCAUCUCAACUAGAACCAUCAUUAUCAUCUUCGAAUACGAUUCCACGAACCUUGAAAACAUUUUCUCAGAUGCCUAUCACAAACCCUUCAGGCAAUGAAUCAUCAACCAUGAUGAACGCUCGUCUUGCUGAACAGGAAAUAAUCGAAGUCUGA